AUGGAGGAAAAAACACAAGAAGUGAAAGAUUCUCCGUUUUCCAUCAGGAACCUGCUGAACAAACCCGACAAACCCAGAGCUCACCUGAAUGUCCCGGACCUCAGCUUCCUGCGGCUCGGACCCUGGUGCUGCGCCGGCGGACCCCCGAGCACACCCGCGGGUGAGAACCUGCAGCCGCUCUUUACACCCAUCAGUAUUGCGCUCAAACGGGUCAGAAGUAAAGUGUUUCGUGUGUUUGUGUGUCGAGCAGCAGGCGGAGUCAGAGAGUCCACAGAAGCGGAGGAUGAGGAGGCUGUUCUGGAGGACUCGGACUCGGACGAGCAGAAGAAGCUGUGCCGCAAGAAGAAGACCAGGACCGUGUUCUCCCGCGCGCAGGUGUUCCAGCUGGAGUCCACCUUCGACCUGAAGCGCUACCUGAGCAGCUCGGAGCGCGCGGGGCUGGCGGCGGCGCUGCAGCUGAGCGAGACGCAGCUGAAGAUCUGGUUCCAGAACCGCAGGAACAAGUGGAAGAGACAGAUCUCCGCCGAGCUGGAGGCCGCCAGCCACGGGCACGCGCAGAGGAUCGUGCGCGUGCCCGUGCUCUACCACGAGCACGCGCUGUAUUACCCGCACGCGCUGAUCAGACCCGUGUGAGAGACCCCGCUGACCAG